AAAGCAUUAAAAUACACACAAAAAUCAAACAAGAACUUUAUUUUCCGCCACAAACUUCAAAUUUGCCGCCAAAGCCCGCCACUUCGCAACACUCAGCUGCUGCAUCCCUGGAUUUCCGCCACAUUCCAACACUGCAGGACUGUCAGCUGUCAAUUUUCCUGUGUGUGUGUGUGCGUGCGAGUGUGUGCGUGUGCGUGUUGCAAAACGUCGGCGUUGCACUUAAAAACCUUAAAAUUCGCGUUCCUGGCCGAAAAAACCCGGGUUGUUGGCCACUUGGUGCGGUUAUUCGGGCUCAGAACUCGGCCCCCAGGCAGCCGGGCAUAAAAUCCGCCCCAGAAACGCGCUCGCCGCAGCCAAAAAACGCCAGCGAAACGCGCGCGCUGAGUGUUUUGUGCGUAGUUUUAUUUUUGGAAUAUAAAGCGAUCUGAUCUGAAAGUGUGCCGCGGCCGGAUUUUCAGAUAUUCAGAUUUUCAGCACCCAAAACCCAACAGCAAUAAUAGACGCGCGCGGUGCCUUGGAUUUCUACGGCUCCACGGUGGAGAACUUUUACCUCAGAAUGGAUCCGACGCGAGGUGACUCGCGCUACAACCUCAACUACUCGAUGAGUAGUAUCGGGUUAAGCCUGGCGGAUCCGGCGGAUAUGUACGGCAACUCCGCCUUGGGGGCGGGUCGUCCGCCCUCCGGCGGUCUGCUGCAGAACAUGGGCGGGGUGCCGCCAAUGCAGCGGCCGAACCCCGCCUCGGGAGCACCUCCCUCCACCCAAUGCCAAACGCUCCACAGCCCACAACACGCCUCCCAGCAACAGCAGCAGCAGCAACAGCAACAACAGCAGCAGCAACAUCAACAGCAGCAGCAGCAGCAACAUCCCCAACAGCAACAGCAACAACAACGCGGGCUCAAGCGGUCCGGCAGCGAUUGCUACGAAGAUCAUCACCGAUCCUCCGGAGGACUCACCCUCCAAGGGCUCGACAACGUGGCUAGUGGAGCCGUCGAUGAUAGCGUGGACAACUACAACCCGCUGCCCAAUAAGAAAUCACCGCCCGCCAAUGGCAAAAAGACAAAGGGACGUGUCAAAAUCAAAAUGGAAUACAUCGACAACAAGCUGCGUCGCUACACGACCUUCUCCAAGCGCAAGACUGGCAUCAUGAAGAAGGCCUACGAGCUGUCCACGCUGACCGGGACGCAAGUGAUGCUGCUGGUGGCCAGCGAGACGGGCCACGUGUACACAUUUGCCACGCGCAAGCUGCAGCCGAUGAUCACCUCGGAGGCGGGCAAGCAGCUCAUCCAGACCUGCCUCAACUCGCCGGAUCCGCCCAGCGUUGGCGGCGGCGACCAGCGGAUGUCGGCCACCGGGUUCGAGGAGACGGAGCUCAGCUACAACAUCGCCGACGAGGACUCGAAAGAUGACCGAUCGCCUACUUCGUCCGGCAACGAGUCGGAUGAUUCGUCGGAUGUGGAGAUGCCGGCGGAGGCUGCCGAGGUGGCAACCAAGCCAUCAGCCAGCAAAACAGAGCUAUCAGCGCCGUCUUCUGCACCAUCAGCAGCCACAUCGUCGGCGGCUGCCUCAUCUUCUGGAUCCAAAACCAUGCCACCAUUGAACUAUCAGACUGAGACUAACAACGGACCCUCGACGUCCACAGCCGCUGGAGGAGGAGCCCCGGCGGACAGCAAGUAUGUCUACUCAGCCGCUUCGAUUGCCAACAUACCGCAGAAAAUGCUGAGGCAGCUCAUACAGUCGGGACACUUGCAGCUGCACGCUGAAGAAGAUGGCAAUCAGUAUGUGACCAUACCACUCAGCUCCACGGCGGCAAAUCUGAUCAAGAGCAACAAGCUAACAGCCUCUGCAUCAGGAGCCUCAGGAUCAGGAACUCCGGCCAAGAGCGAUACCAGUGCCGAGAAACCCUUGACCAUCAAACAGGAAUACGAUUAGCCCCCAGCUACGCCCACUGCUUAUCCAAUACUGAGAACUGCGUUUAUCCACACUUGCCCAAACCAUUUGAAAAAAGCAUCAGCAGGAGAUUACCAUUACCAUUACACCCACAACUCUCUUAAAGUCUAUCCAAAGUUUUCACGUCAUCAGUCAGGGAUGACGGUCGCCUGCUAAGUCUAAGUCAUACUAUAUCUACUAUAUCGUAUAUAUACUAUUUUUUAUACCUAUACAAGGAGAAGUGAAAAGAAAAGUGAAAAAGAAAGGGAAAAACCCUGAUCUGGUACCCAAGAUAUAUCUACAUACGUAAGUUUUAAACGUUUUGCAAGUUAUACAACGUAAAGGCAUUAAACCGAUAUCAAGAUGAAUUAGGAUCGAUGAUUGAAUGAUAAAUGGAGAACAAGGAUGAUAUGGAUGUUCCUAAACCGCAGAGAUCAUGUUGCUUUGUUACUAGUUUAUAUUGUUUUAUUAUACAAUACAUAAAUACAUAUAAACCACUUUUUUUGCAUAAAACCAAA